AUGGCGAGUUCUGAGCGAUGGCGCCUGCUUGUAUUUCAGUUUCUGUGUAUAACGUGUUCGCUGAGGGUAACCCUGUCAGCGAACAAGCUACUACUUCUACUCGUGGACGGCAUGAGAUGGGAUUACGCCGACAGAGAGAACCUAUCUGCCUUCAAACAGAUAGAAAUGCAAGGUGCCCGCGCGACGAAAAUGCGACCGAAUUUUCCGAGCUCAUCUUAUCCCAAUUAUUAUUCUAUUAUGACAGGUUUACACUGUGAGAACCAUGGCAUAGUGUCCAACUGUAUGUAUGAUGCACACAAAAAUGAAACAUUUGACAUGGGCAGGAACCCAGAGUCCCAUGAUUCAAUCUGGUGGGAGGAUGCUGAACCAUUGUGGAUUGGUGCUGUGAGACAGCUCAGCCUGUUCAUUUGGUACAGAUUCAAGUUUGUUCAGUAUACUUAUACAUUUGACCUUUGUGCACACAAUUUCUGUUUUAAACAGCGCAAGAAAAGCUUUCUUUUAUCCUGGCCAACAUGUAAUGUCAGUAUACAUGGACGCAAGCCCUCCGUGUGUAGGGAGUAUUCUGCAGAACCUUUACAAAAUGGCGCCAGCCUGAAAGAAGACCUUAAGGAGGCUGUAGCUUCACUGAGGAAUAAUUCAGCAGAUUUUGUGGGUGUCUUCUUUGGUUCAGUUGACCAUCUUGGACAUCUGUAUGGCCCUAAUGGCACUAAGUUGAAUUCUAUCCUAAAGGAGUUAGAUGGUGCAGUAGCUGAACUUUUGAACAUUACAAGCGACAUGAGGGAAACCUUGAAUAUUAUCAUACUGGCCGAUCAUGGAAUGACAUCCUUCACUAAGGCUAUAAACUUGACCGAGAGGAUGGACUUGAGUGACCUGGUCAGUUUUCCCAUCAAGGGCUCAUUAGAUGUUGGUGCAAAUGUAGAAAUUUGGCCAGAAAUACAUGUAGAUCCAGCAGAGUUAGUGAACAAGUUGAACAAUGACUCAUGGGGGGAGAGAAAUUUUACAGCUUACCUGAAAAAGGAUAUUCCAGAGCGUUUCUUUUAUAAAAAUCACAGACGGAUUGCUCCAGUUGUCGUCAUGGCAGAUAUUGGCUACUAUAUCAAUUCGUUUGCAUCUCCAAAUUUGCCAACUUUUAAUGACACAGAUGAACAUAAUAAAACUGUUGUUCGGAAUUUGGGAGGAUAUCAUGGGUAUGACAACACAGAAAGUGAUAUGCAUGCCAUCUUUUAUGCCAUAGGACCCAAUUUUAACGCCAACUCUAAAGUGGAUCUCAUCAAUAACACAGACGUGUAUCAGGUAAUGUGUAAGAUACUUGGGAUAGAAGCAGCAGCUAAUAAUGGAUCCUGGGCAGCUAUGAGAACUUUGACCAUGUUUGACCAGCUGACUACAUCAACAUCGCCACCCGAGAGUACAACUUCAUCAGUAUCUUCAACUUUGUCUCCAACCUUACACCCGCAGAGUGGUGGAGUCAAUGCUGGUUUUGUAAUAUUAGGACUGUUGAUUGUAGUGGUACUGGUUAUUGUAGGAGUGUGUAUUUGCAAAAAAUAUCGAAAAAGAGAAUAUGAUGAUCUUGCUUAUCUGAAAAACGAUUUCUCUUUUUCGAGGACAGAAUAUACAGACAGGGACCUAUAAAGGAGCAAUAUUUUCACCCACUGGAGGAGGUUAUUUCUUCCUGGGAAUAUUGGAGCAUUCUUAAUUUAUUUAUGUAUUCAUUUAUUUUGUCUCUGCCAGAAGAGAGGAUGUUUUUCUUGGUGAAGGUCACUGUUCUUGUGGAAAAUAUUUUCUUAAUCUACUUCUUAUCUAGGUCAUUUUUGCAGUCAUAUAUGCCAGAUUGAUACUGUUGUAGAGCUAAGACAAAAUUUUGUUGAUAGUUUUAAAAAAUAAUUUGACAAAUAAACAUUGCAGCAAACAGUAAGGGUUUUGUACAAUUAUAAUUUAAGUAUUUUUAAGCUGAACCUUGUUUCAUGAUAAUAAAAUGUAUGUCUAUUUGGGGAAAAGGAAUCUCAUAGUAAUCUAUCACUUCAUGAAGAGCCACAGAAAUAAGAUUUUACAUUGGGGAAAACUAUUUUUAUAAAUGUCAGUCAUUUGUUAAUGUCUUUCUUCUUAACAAUUUCUUUUUUCAGUUGAUUCAUUUGCAAUUAGUGUAAAUCUUUGUUUAUUGGAAUGAUGCUUAUUUUAUUAAGGGUUGGCUUAAUUUUUUUUUCUCUUGAUUGUGGACAAAAGUGGGUUUAGAUGUAUACUGUACAUUAUUCAGCAAACAAAUUAUUUUACCAAUUAAGUGUUUAGAAUAUACGGCAUCUUUUACAAACAUUCCAAGAUGAGGUGGUAUGUGUUGAUAGUGAUUAAAUGAAGUUGUUGUUUUGUUCAAAGAUGAGCUAGAUUAAAAGUUGAUAUUUAUACUCCUUAUUUUCAGGACCAUUUUUGGAGCUUGUGAGCAUAUAAGUUACCUUGGCCUGUGAUAAGUAUGUGUAUUUUUAUUCUUUAUGGGUGAAUCCUGGGAUUUUUGUGGAUUCAGGGAAUAUGUUUUAACAUGAUAAUGUACAUUUAUGCAUAUACAUGUUCCCCAGCACUCAGCACCCUGAGAUAAAUAAUAACUUCCAAAAGAGCUCCUUUUCAUAGCAUGCGGAAGUUUUAACUGAUAAUUUUGUAUUGGAACCUUAUUAUCAAUGACUCACAUAUGCAGUUUAUAGAAAUAUUCCGAUGGUCUUGUGAGGGGAACCAGAUUAGCUACUGUUUCAUGGCCAAGGAUAAUUAUUAUUGUCAUAUAUCAUAUAGAAUAUCACAUCUUUAAAUCUUAUGUGAUAUUACUAGCAGUAGCAACAUUUUAUUGUCAUUAUCAGAAUUAUCCAAGAAAAAGAGAUGAAUGUACAGCUUGGGGUGAUAAUUAUUGAUAUGCAUUAGGGUGUUAAUUAUUGAUAUGCAUUAUUAUUACUAUUCAUAUUUCAUUAAUUGCUACAUUUGCUUGCCAAGAUAAGAAUCUCAUGCUCAGUUUCCUAUUUAUUUAAUUAUGAUGGCUAUAAGCUUUUGUAUGUUGGUAUAUUAUAUUUCAGUGAUAUGCAUAUAUUUAUGUCUUGCUCACUGUCACACUCUAGACUGCCAUCAAACAAUUAAUCAAGUUGAUCAGCUAUUUAUUUGCUUAAUUAUCUUAUGAAUUUGAUGAUGUAUUUAUUUGGUAUUUUUACUUUUUUUUUUUUUUUUUUUUUUUUGCCUUUCUCAAGCUUCGGUGCACGAAGUAAUUGCUGAGAUAUUCCAUAAUCAAGACAAUGGAAUUUGAUGAUUAUCGAAGUUCAAGUAAUUUGAAAAAAAUUAUUUCCUUUAUGUUGUUUUAAAAAGCUGUCAAAGCCAUUAAUUUACAUCUGUUGCCUGCUCAAGAUCAGAGGUGAUGUGAGGGGGGAAACCUGUUGUCAGAAGUCAAAUUGUUCAGAAUGAUUUGGGGCCAAAACUUAAUACACUAAAACUUGUAGUCUUUACACAUUUUUGUGUAUCUACUAAGAUGUUGCCAUAGAUGUCUAAGAUGUCUCCAUUAUCUCAGAAAGUUUGUUUUUGUUUUAUUUUUGGAUGUGUGUAAUGCUUUUGUAAUACUUGGGACAAAUAUAUUAUUGACCUUUGUCACAGUUUAAACUUAUAUAUAUUUGUGCAUCUUAUAUAUUGAUGAAUGAUAAGAUAUUUAUUUAUUUGCAAAACAUUUCAUUGUAUCCUGCGUUAUUUUUAUUAAUGUAAGGGAUAAGAAUAAAACUUCUUAAAGGUGAAAUAUGUUAUG